AAGUUUGAAGCCUAUCUAAUCUUCCUACUGCAACUCUCUACAGAUUAUCUGGAGGAAAUGAUAAAAGGAUAUGGAGAAUUGUUCUUCAUUCCUCAUUUCAUUUGUAGCCUUGCAAUUAAAAUGUAGCGUACCCACUGAUGUACAGUGUUGACUGCUGAGGGGGUUUUUGAGGCUUUCUAAAUGUGGUGAUAGCAAUAUUUCCUUUAUUUUUCAUGUUCAGAGAGGAGAACUCAUUCUUUAAUUGUUGCCCCAUAACAUUCUUUGGACUGGAUAGUGGUAGGAAUUCAGCUAAAUAUCUUGUUAUUUUAGCAGAUAUUUGCCUCUAGUUUUGGAUCUUUAAAAGAUAACACAUCAAGACACAUUCUUUUUUUCAGCUCUCAUUGUGUACAAGUCCAGCGCCCCACUAGAUUUCACAAAACAAUGAAGGCUGGAAUGGCUAUGGACUAGUUCAGAAAGCAAACACUUCUUUGUGUUUCAGGAAAGACAAAGAAAAUGUUUGUUGUUCAGGAAGGACUGCCACCCAGGGUGCUGCUGAUGGUGCUGGAUAAGCAACAGACUCUGAAGCAGCUGGCAGAGCCAGCACUGCCGCCAGCCUUCCUAGCAGUCUCUGGCUAACCCGCAGGCAGUGCAAGCAGCACGAGCAGCAUCCCUGAGCAGCAGCAUCCCUCUGCAGGGGAGGGGUGGACUGAGCCAACGACCACCAGUCACAAGCUCCUGCGUCUUGACUCGUGCUUGCAGCCUCAAAGAGCACCAUCCAGUUACUUCAGUGCUCUGCUCCAUUUUCAAAUCUCUGAAGAUGGGAAGAUGAUAGGAACCCAUUUUUCAGGAAAUAACAAAAAUUCACCAAUUCACCAGAAAGUUCUCAAAACUUCCUGUUCACAGGGUUUACACAUAACUCAUCCUCCUCUAUGCAAUCUCCUAUAGCCUCUCACCUUCGCAUCCUUCUUAAUCCUACCAAGUACAGCUUCUUCCUUCUCAUCUGAAUUAUUAUUCAUACUCCUUUUUUACAACUUCUUUCGUAGGUUAAUCUUCUUCCUUUUUUAAUCUAGCCUAAGGACAGCCUUUUGGGAUAGUGAAUGCUACAGCUGGAGAAUUAAAGAAAAACAGAGAAAACUAUUAGUAACAAGAGUGUUACAAUAUUAUUAUCAUUACAAAAAGGUACCUAGCAGCUAUUAUGUUUCUCUCCAAAUUCUCCAGUUUGUAUUUUUAAACCAAUACAUCUCCUAUUUCUUCAUCUAACCCUUCCUUCUUGCUCCACUCAGUCAUUUCAGUGUUAAGAGAUAUGGGAUUUAAAGAUGCUUAUUUUCAUAGUUUUCCAAGAUGUCUUAGUUUGGUUCUCCCCAUUGUAGCUAUGACUGCAGAAGUUGCUGUGAUUCAGCAAAGAACAAAAUAUUGUCUGUGCUGGUUUGUAGAGCAUUUUGCAACAAAAGACGCUCUUUAAGUGGACGCUUGUUAUAUUUGUAGAAGGCUCUGAAAUUUGAAAUAUGAAUGUUGCCAUUUUCCAUUUUAGUAAAUAUUGUGCAUUCAUGGAAUUCCUUUCCCAUAUACUUUUCAUCUCCAACAACCUAGGAUUUCAGUGAAACCAAACAGCACAAAUUAAUGAAUCAGAAUCUGUCCAUAUUUGAGGUGUUUCAUUUGUACCAUCAGUGUCAUUUCAACUGUUGUGUUAAUGAGAAAAACGAUGCUCCAAAACCAGCAUGGUUUGAAGAAAUAGUGAGAAGUAGAUGAAACAGUGAGGAAUAGGUGAGUAUCAGUUCAAGUGGGGUAGAGACAGUAAUCAGAAGCGAUUGCUGAUGACUCCCCUGAGAUCCAUUCUUCCAAAUGAAACCAGGUGCGGGACUUUUGGAAAACAUGUUGUUCAAUAUCAAGAUUCUUUUGAAGCCAAGACUCAACACCCGUCUUUAUCCCUGGACACUUGAAAGGAUGUAGUUUCAGGCUAGGCUCCUUACUGUGCAUGCUCUUGCUUUCUAUGUGCAGGCUGUUCAAUGUAAAAGAUUAAUACUUUUCUUAACAUUUUCUUUUUUUCUUAAUAAUGUAACAUGUAGACUUGUAUUGCCCUUAGAAUAAAAAGUACCUUUUUUUUCCCAGUCUACAUUUGUGAUUAUUGCACAGGACGUUGUUCCUCUUGGAUGCGCUACAGCUAAACUGUUUCCAUAGAGACGUUCUGCAGUUCAUCUAUCUAAAUGUCACACGGACAGACAGUUAUGUUAAAAUGAUUGAUAAAUGGUCCACUCCUAGCUUUACCGAGUCCACAGGCCUGGGAACUUAUUCUCCAGAGAAAAAUUCGUAUGUCUUUAUUAUGGAUAACACAGAUUUGAUUUGAUUAAUACAAAGCAUUACUUUAGAAGGCUUGUGCUGUGUUUGUAAGGAGAUCAGUUUGGGCUGCCAUCUGGAAACUGUACUCCAAGAGGACAGAGAGAAAUGUUUGCUUCGUGACUAAACGUGCUGACUAACAGUCUGCGCUUUAACUGGUCUGGGUCAAAUCCUUACAGGGAAAUCUGUAAAAAUCUCUUCUCCACAUUGUGAAAAAGAUUUUUUUUUCCCCACUCAGAUUUGGUUGUUGAACAACGCGGGGGCUUUCCAGAGCAAAAGGUGGUAAUUUUUGUGCUUAGGGAGGCCUCAGGAGUGGGAGAGGAGCGCAAGGAGGGCACCCUUUCCCCUCGGGUAGCAGUCCCGUCUUCAAACCGUGCCUGCAGCCCUGGGCACAAGCUGCCAAACCCAGGGCGCCUUUUAUGCCAUGGGUAGUGUGGUAACAGCGACAGCCUACGAAAUACACAGGUGCACUUCCACUAAAAAAUAACUAACACUGAUGGCCCUGCCGAAGCUGUAGAUAAAAGCACAACCUCAGCAGAUGCUGUUCUCUGUGUCCUAAGGACUCCAGAAAAGAAUCUGUCAGGACCCACAGCAAAACAACUCCACAAAAAAGGCACCUGCCUGCAGAACAAAGAUGAACAUCGGGAAAGCUUACAGUACCUUGAACAUCAGCAAUGGAACAGAUCUAGCUAUUGGCUUUACCUCUUCCACAGUAGCUGUCCUUCUAUUUGGGACAAACUUUGUGCCUGUUAAGAAAUUUGAUACUGGUGAUGGCAUGUUCUUCCAAUGGAUUCUCUGUGCCUCCAUAUGGAUAGUUUCUUUGGUGGUCAAUUUAAUACAGAAUUGCCCGCGGUUUUGGCCUCUUGCUAUGGUUGGGGGUUUUUUGUGGGCUACAGGCAAUGUUUCAGUUGUCCCUAUUGUUAAAACUAUUGGCUUAGCUCUUGGUCUUUUGAUAUGGGCUUCUUUUAAUUUGUUGACAGGUUGGGCAAGUUCAAGGUUUGGUUGGUUUGGAAUUGACCCAGAAGAGGUAUCAAGACCAAUCCUAAAUUGCAUUGGAGCUGGACUUUCACUAUUAAGUGCUGUCAUAUUUCUUUUUAUAAAAACUGAAGUCCAGAGUUCUUCAGCUUCAUUAGAAAGUACACCUUUACUGAGAGAAAGUUCUAUUAAUGUUUCUGAAGAUACCUCUGAUGACUCAUGGGUGAACAGACUUUCUCCAGCAAAAAAAAGACUCAUAGGAUGUAGCCUGGCUGUAGUAGCUGGAAUACUCUACGGUUCCAGUUUUGUACCAGUACUUUACAUCAAGGACCAUGGAAGAAGAAAUGAAACUAUAUACGCAGGAGCAAGUCAAUUUGAUUUAGAUUAUGUUUUUGCACACUUCAGUGGAAUAUUUCUUACAAGUACCAUCUACUUUUUGAUCUACUGUGUAGUCAGGAAAAAUAAACCUAAUGUUUAUCCCCAAGCCAUAUUGCCAGGGUUUGUUUCUGGUGUGCUUUGGGCAAUAGCCAAUUGCUGCUGGUUCAUAGCCAAUCACUAUCUCAGUGCUGUGGUCAGCUUUCCAAUAAUUACUGCAGGUCCUGGCCUUGUUGCUGCAAUGUGGGGAGUCCUUGUAUUUAAAGAAAUCAAGGGCCUGAAAAACUACGUGUUACUCUCAGUAGCAUUUUGCAUCAUUUUGGCUGGAUCACUCUCCACGGCUUUUUCUAAAGUUUGAAAGGAUCCUGCGGACCAGUAGAUGGUGCUACUGUUUAACAUAAUCAGAAAGACAAGAUUGGUAUAUCGCAGUACGUGAUAACUUUCAAAAUGUAUGACCAACAUUUACCAUAACGUGCUUCAGGCAAGUGAAAAAGAAAACCUUUGCUAAAUGUUCCCAUUUGGCAUGAAAGAAAAUCUGGAAAUGUUUGUUUCUUGGAACAGUAAGAAUGUCAAAGGAUUUUUAUUAAAUAAAGCUAAAUGAUUUUAUAGUUACUAAUUUUUUUUCUGGUUCAGGUACUAAACUUCAUGUGAUCAUAAAAUGUAUUUCACUGUUGUGAGGGUGGAUAAAUGGAUUUUAAUUUUUAGUCUGCAGUACUGUGUGUAUUUGCAAGCUGAUUUGUUUUAUUAUAAUAUUCUGUGUUACUGACUUGAAUGUAAAAUAUGCCUUGGAAUAUUCUUUAUGGAGCUGAUACACAUGAAGAUAUGAAGCGGUUUUUUAUUUAGAAACAUUCUUUAAAGUCAUCAGUUUACAUAAAAAUUUUAUCUUUCAAUCACUUAAGAGUUUUGAAGGAAAUACAGAAAAAAAUGGUGCUGUAAAAUAAAUUGCUUGUGUUUCCUGCUAGUUUCUUUAGUUGCAAGAACCUUAUGUAGAAAUCAUGACCACGGUACGAAUAUUUGGGAAAGUUUGGGGUUUUUUAUUUCAGUUCUAUGGAACUUUGCAAGUAAACAUUACAUUUCUGUAACUUGCGGUGUUGCAAUAUGAGCCAAGUAUGUGGUUCAGAGUUUGUUUUCAAAUAACUUUGGGCAUUUUCUGAAUGCUUACUUUUCUGUGUAGCAUAUUCAAAUCUUAAAAAUUAUGUAUGGCAAUAUUUAUUACAUUGAAGCAUCAUGCUAAAUCCGCUCAAUCAUUGUCCUGUCCAAAGUAAGGUCAUCUCUAUGUAAAUCACUUCUGCCAGUUACCGUCUAACUUGUUUCUUUGAAAAAAUAAAUAAAAGAAGUAGUUUGCCUAAAAA